CGCGCUGGCUGCAAGCCGCGAAAGACCCGAGAGUUCUGUUCAGUUGAGCCCGGGCCUGUCUGUACCUGCGAAAAUCAUCAGGUCCACUGUAUACAAUGUGCAGAUAAGAAUCACAAUGAGUCGUUAUCUCACCCCUUCCAAAGUUGCACUCCUGUGCUUGAUCUCCAUCUACGUAGAUGGCGUCGUCCCCAACUCUUCAGCAAUUCAUGUGCUAUCAUUCCUGGUCUCAUGCCUGAGUCCCCUGGAUCGGGAGGCGCCCCCCUGCACAGCGAAGAAAGACACACGAAGCUCCGCGUCAAUUACAGACCUUGAAGAAUCCCUUCUCGGUCACGCGUCUUCCGUGCCCGGUCGCUCGGUAUGGGAUCUGUUCUUGAAGAAGAUCUGGUCCAUCGACUCCUGCGAUGCGCUGGAGGUAUUCUUCGGUGAUAUCUCCGACCUCUUAGCCAAAACCAGAGACGAGCAGAUUCGCGAUCGAGAUGCCGGUCUGGCUCCCGAUCCGAGCUCUACCAAACUCUCUCGGUGCUCGCCCCUGGGGGCAUUCGUCCGGCGAUCCCAGUUGGAGUUCACCCGACUACAAUUCCACGACUCGGUCAAGCUCUGGAAAGGGUUUGUGAGAUACAGGUUGCCGGCUUACCGCUCAUGGGCGCGGAAAAACCCAGCUGGAUCGCAGGCUCCGGUCGACAUCAAUCUGCUAGAGCUUGGCUUAGAUACGACAAGCCAUCUUUCUCAAGUGGCCUACGGCCAAAUCGAUGACGAUUCGGAAGACGACAAGUACGUCAGCACGAAAGAUGUGGAGCGGCUCCUGGAAUUUCAGAUCAACGAGUUACAAAGCUUGGGUGGGAGAGUUCCGGAUGAGAUGAAAAUACAGCUAGAGCGCAUCAUAGCAUCGGGCGUGACGGUGCCCAACUUGAUACACUAUCUAAGAUUUCUCGAUGCCUGGAGGGCGGGCGACUAUCCCUCGUCCUUUGACAAUCUCCAUCGCUACUUCGACUACACCAUGCACAGUCGGGACAGAAGCUCCUAUCAGUACGCAUUGUUGAAUCUUGCCAUCCUGCAGGCUGACUAUGGGUGCCAUGGAGAGGCUGUGUCAGCAAUGCAGGAAGCCGUCUCGAUUGCGCGUGAAUCGCAUGACAUGAAUUGCCUCAACUUCUGCAUGAGCUGGCUGUAUCAUUUCGGCAAAGCUUUCCCCGAGCAGAUGAAAGAUAUCCAGAACACCGGCAUGCUAGGCAAUGAGAAAGAGGGCCUUGCGUUCCUGAAGGCGAAGGCCAAGGAAACGGAGAUGUGGAGUCUGCUGAGCACCACAUUAUUGAGUGAAGCGAAGCUCGAGCUGCAACAUGGGGAGAGCCUUGCCGCGUCCAUGGAGAACAUAAUCCGCGCUUCACACUUGAAUGUCACAAAGAAUUUGAUGAACUCAGUGGGCCCGCAGCUUCUACUUCAAGCAUCGCUCUUUGGGAGAAUAGGAAUCACCCAUCUAUCUUGGCUGAGUAGCGAAGUCUUCCGUGAAUGCUAUGCGAGUAGAGCACCGUUUGAAGAUUAUCUCAAGAGUACAUUCCGCAGCUGCCAGCUUCUCGCACAACAAGGUCGCUACAAGGACAUAUCCAGCCGCAUGGAUCAGGUCACGCCCGAAAAGCUUCGAUCCCUAAAAGCGAACCAAUACUGGACAUUCUUCACCGGUGUGCUGCAACUCAAGCGACAUAUCUACCGUGACAAUAAAGUAGCCGCCGAGCAUCUCCUCGCCCAACUGCAAGCGAUCCAACUCCCAGACACCGACAUCUCCCUCCUCCUGUCCUUCCUGACGAUCGACUUCCGCAUCCGCCAGGGCCACUACGCGCUCGCGCUGGAGCUCGUCGAGUCGACCGCCCGAUCCAUCCACCAGGACAAUUUCGACAUCUUCAGCCAGGUCAAGCUGCUCUGCCUCAAGGCGCGGAUCCUCGAGAAGUCGGGCCACCCGCAGCGCGGCUUCUCCCUCGCCAUGCGCGCCGCCAGCAUCGCCCACCGGUCGCGCCUCCUGCACAGUCUGUGGGAGUCCAUCUGCGUGUUGGGCGGGGUGCUCCUCAGCCUGCGCGAGUUCGCCGCCGUCGCCGCCAUGCUGGAGAGCAUCAUGCCGCAGAUCCUGGAGGCAGACGACCGCGACCUCGCCGCCCAGGCGUAUUCGCUGCUCGUGGACGCUAACAUGGGUGUCGCGGGUUCCCUUUGGAGUCAGAGUCAGAGUCAGAGCCAGAGCCAGGGGCAGGGGCAGGGGCAGGCCCCGUCGCCCCUCAAGAAAGAAUACUUGAAUCGCGCGCUCGGGUACCUGGAUUGUGCCUAUGAGCAGUACGAGGAGCUCGAGGACAUCAGGGGCCAAUGUGAGAUGAUGGCGAAGAAGGCGACCGUCAUGCAUCUGACGGGCGAUCCGGUGCUAGCCAACGACUACGCGGCUAAGUACCUCGACCUCAAGAAGCAGCGGCGCCUCGAGUCGGCGGAUGUGUAGCCCGUGAUGUUGUCGCUCUGUUUUGCAUGUCUCUCGAGUUUAUCAGAUCAGAGUCUCCAGUGGGA